UGCAGGUAUGAGUUAUGUCACAAUGGGAGCCUUGUAAAAACCACCUUGCUGUCUACAGCCUUGCAGAAGGUGAAGGCUCUGAAGGAUGGGAAAAUGGCAAGGAACCACCUGGAAGGACACAAAGAUGCCACCCAGGCGUGUAGCUAAGAGAACAUCACCCCCAGAAGAUGCUGUCCCCAAAAGCAAGAAAGUGAAAGACUCUCGUAACCGAGCAGUGGAGCCCACUGCCUCCCGCAGUGGUCCCAGCACCCGUUCCUGCCAAGUCUCACACAGGUCUCACAGUACAGCCGCAGGUGUGGUGCUGACCCUGGGCCAGGGCGACGUGGGCCAGCUGGGGCUGGGAGAGAGCGUGAUGGAGAGGAAGAGGCCGGCCCUUGUGCCCAUCCCGGAGGAGGUGGUUCAGGCCGAGGCCGGGGGUAUGCACACUGUGUGUCUCAGCAAGAGUGGCCAGAUCUACUCCUUCGGCUGCAACGAUGAAGGUGCCCUAGGAAGGGACACAUCAGUGGAAGGCUCAGAGAUGGUCCCCGGAAAAGUAGAACUGCAAGAGAAGGUGGUACAGGUGUCAGCAGGGGACAGUCACACAGCAGCCCUCACCGAGGACGGCCGUGUCUUCCUUUGGGGCUCCUUUCGGGACAAUAAUGGUGUGAUUGGGCUGUUGGAGCCCAUGAAGAAGAGUAUGGUGCCCGUGCAAGUGGAGCUGGAUGCACCCGUGGUGAAGGUAGCCUCAGGAAAUGACCACUUGGUGAUGCUGACAGUUGAUGGUGACCUCUACACCUUGGGUUGUGGGGAGCAGGGCCAGCUGGGGCGUGUGCCUGAGUUAUUUGCCAACCGUGGUGGCCGGAAGGGGCUUGAGCGACUCCUUGUCCCCAAGUGUGUGAUGCUGAAGUCCAGAGGAAGCCGGGGCUACGUGAGGUUCCAGGAUGCUUUUUGUGGCGCCUAUUUCACUUUUGCCAUCUCCCACGAGGGCCACGUGUACGGCUUUGGCCUCUCCAACUAUCAUCAGCUUGGAACACCAGGCACAGAAUCAUGCUUCAUACCUCAGAACUUGACAUCCUUCAAGAAUUCCACCAAGUCCUGGGUGGGCUUCUCUGGUGGCCAGCACCACACAGUCUGCAUGGAUUCAGAAGGAAAAGCGUACAGCCUGGGCCGAGCUGAGUAUGGGCGGCUGGGCCUCGGCGAGGGUGCAGAGGAGAAGAGCAUACCCACCCUCAUCUCCAGGCUGCCCUGUGUCUCCUCGGUGGCCUGCGGGGCCUCUGUAGGGUAUGCUGUGACCAAGGAUGGCCGUGUUUUUGCCUGGGGCAUGGGCACCAACUACCAGCUGGGCACAGGACAGGACAGUGAUGCCUGGAGCCCGGUGGAGAUGACCGGCAAACAGCUGGAGAACCGUGUGGUCUUAUCUGUGUCCAGCGGGGGCCAGCACACAGUUUUACUGGUCAAGGACAAGGAAGAGAGCUGAUGAAGCCAGCAAGGGCCUAGCCCCCUUCCUUCCCUCACAGAACAGGGAAACAGAGAUGGCUCCAGACCCCAGCAGCCUCUCCCCAACCUCUCCUGAACACUGUGUCGUCUCUUGCCUUUUCCCCAUCAACAGAGCAGAAUCCUUCUCUUUUUCGUCCUCCUUUCUGGAAUCAUCCUGGCAGCUGCAGGAUGAAGCGGGGAGAGAAGGGGUUGUCAGAAGGAACAUUGCUCACCCUCACCGGAGACCUAAGUGGUUAGACCUUUUACCCCGCUUCUCUACCUCUCCCAUCCGGCUGGCUCUGACUUUGCCUUCUACAAUACCAGAAUGCCCUCCCUGGGGGUUUGGUGCCUGCACUCUUGAGAAGCUGGGGCUCCACCAAGCCCCACUCUAGUUACGUGCCACUCUUCCUGUCUUCUAACAGUCCAUGGGAAGCAGACAGUUACAGUCAUCAGACCCAACUGUCAUGGACCCAGGCCUGGGGCAGCUGGAGAAGGGGCAGGGCUACAGAGCCGUGGGCAACCCCAAGCCAAAUAUUUGGCUCCAAACAGGUGUCCAUAGGGCAAAAGACAAUGAUUCACUUGAUGAAGGAAAAAGCCAACUACUCUAGCUAUUCUCCCAGAAGCACAAAGCAUAGUCUUUGCCUGUCGGGUGUCACUAUUAUGGUCCCCAUCCAUUGGGCCUCACCUGUAGUCAAGGACCCCAAAGCCCAAUGGGCUGGGCAGGGUAUGGGCAGAAAGAGGAUGGAGGUUUUAUACACAAAUGUACAGCAAUAUUAAGAGGUGAGGGAGGGGAAUAGGCUGGUCCCAAGGAAAGGAAGCAGCAGUCUGUACAGUGGCUGAGAAAAUGGUUUUAAUUUUUUUAAAUUGUAAAAUAUUUUGGAGGGGAGAGUGAAACCUUUUAACACUUUGAAUAAAAUUAGAGUUUUAUAAAA